AUGAAUAUUAACAUAGAAGAUAAUGAUUCAGUGUAUCACGGUGGAAAGAACGCGUUUAUGAUCGAGUUAUGUGCUUUCCGUGAAGACAUGGAUGACAGGUAUUUCUCUGGUGAUCAGUUUAACAAUAGAUUUUCCCUUUACCAGGUGUUCGUAGCCAACGUCCGUACUAAGAUAAAGCUGAUGUGGGACAACGUGAUGUACUCGUGCCGCGAACGCGAGGAGUUCGUCCAUUACUUCCAGGACAUAUUCACUGAGGACACCCUGACCCUGCACGAGCUGUAUCUGGACAAGAUCACCAAGUUCUACAAUGAACACAAGCACAUCUUCGAUCUGGUGAUGACACGCAAGAACCUGUGGCUGAAGAUGACCGAGCUAGAGGCGCGCGCUACGGAGCCGGGCCGUUACCACAACCGCGGCGGGCAGCUGCUGCGAGAGGAGAAGGAGAGGAAGGCCAUCGCCAGUAAUUUACCGAAAAUUGAAGCACAAAUAAGAGAACUAGUGACCGAGUACGAAACUAAGACUGGAAACACAUUUACUGUCGAUGGAAAGCCUCUAUUGCAGCUGAUGGAAGAUGAAUGGGAGACCAGGAAAGCUGAGCGCCACAACAAGUUGUCUGCCCGCAAGCAGGCGCUGACGCCGACCACGCCGCUGUUCCGCUCGCUCGCUACGUCGCCGCUCGGCAAACGCAAUAGGACUGCUGCCGGCUUAGCUGCCACUGCUGAAAAGAACAGGCCGCCAUCUAAACGCCAGCUGAUCACGGGUAGUGCGACGAAGGCGGUGACUACGUUCACUAACAACCUGUCCGCACUAAAGAGGUCUGCUAUCACCACUGUUAAGAGUGCGCGCUUGUGAAUUUAUUGAUGUGAA